UCCCAAGAAGAACGAAGAGUUGACAAUAGAGUAUAGCCUAAGUGGCGUCGUUUUAGUGAUGUGAUUGUGAGUCGGCUAAACGCGCUCUCUCUCUCAGAGCUAGAGAAGAACACACAACUUGCCGGAAUGAGAGAGAAGCUACUAAAUUACUUUCAGCAAAACAGUGUGUUGAUGGUUUGAACCAACACACACACAAGUUCGAUUCGGAGAAGAAAAUGGAGAUAGAUUCGGCCCCCAUUAGUCGGUGCUCAAAGGAACAUCAGAAGAUUUAUCAAGAGUGGUUCUCUUGCGCCGAUUCUGAUGGCGACGGCCGUCUAACUGGAGCUGAUGCUACCAAGUUCUUUUCUCUGUCUAACAUACCUCGUCAAGAUCUCAAACAGGUUUGGGCCAUUGCUGAUACAAAAAGGCAAGGCUUCCUUGGAUUUAAAGAAUUUAUUACAGCAAUGCAGUUAAUCUCUUUGGCACAAGGUGGGGAAACUCUCACCAGCAAUAUUUUAAGCUCUCUAGUUGACUUUGAAAGCAUACAACCUCCGACCAUGGAAGGUCUGGAUGUGCUCCUUGCAAAGAAAAAACGUUUAUCAAGAGAACCUGAAGAUAAUGGGACUCCUCAAGAGCAAUCACCUGCAGCUGGUUGGUUUUCUUCUACGAAAUCUGCAAAGAAGGUAUCCCUGAGCUCCGUUACUUCAAUUAUCGAUGGCUUGAAGAAGCUGUAUGUGCAGAAGCUGAAGCUGGAAAUGACCUACCGGUUCAGAUUUGUUUCUCCUUUACUGAAUAAUAGUGAUUUUGAUGCUAAACCCAUGGUAAUGCUACUGGGUCAAUACUCCACUGGGAAGACGACAUUUAUCAAGCAUUUGCUUAGGACAAGCUAUCCAGGUGCUCACAUUGGACCUGAGCCUACAACGGAUAGAUUUGUUGUUGUGAUGAAUGGACCUGAUGAGAGAAGUAUUCCAGGAAACACCGUUGCUGUUCAAGCAGACAUGCCGUUCAGUGGCCUAACAAAUUUCGGAACGUCGUUGUCAAAAUUUGAAUGUUCUCAAAUGCCACAUCCUCUGCUGGAGCAUAUUACCUUUGUGGAUACUCCUGGAGUUUUAUCUGGAGAAAAGCAACGCACACAAAGAAGCUAUGACUUCACUGGUGUGACAUCUUGGUUCGUCAAGUGUGAUCUCAUCCUGCUUUUGUUUGACCCUCACAAGCUUGAUAUCAGUGAUGAAUUUAAACGAGUAAUUGGAUCUCUACGAGGACAUGAUGAUAAGAUACGUGUAGUUUUGAAUAAGGCUGACCAAGUUGAUACACAGCAGCUUAUGCGUGUAUAUGGAGCUUUGAUGUGGUCCCUCGGGAAAGUGUUAAACACCCCUGAGGUUAAUCGUGUUAUAUUGGGUAAGCUCUAUUUCAUUUAAGACAAGCCUAUAAAUGAGGGUGCUAUUGGUCCCAUUGGUAAAGAGCUCGUUGAGAGAGAACAGGAAGACCUUCUGAAUGAUUGGAAAGACAUACCAAAGAAGGCUUGUGAUCGGCAGAUCAAUGAAUUUGUAAAACGUGCUAGGGCUGCUAAGAUUCAUGCUUACAUUAUCGGUCAUCUAAAAAAGGAGAUGCCUGCAAUGAUGGGUAAAGCUAAGACACAGCAAAGCUCAUUGAUAUCUCCCGAUGAAUUUGCAAAGGUCCAAUUUAACAGGUUCAGAGGACAACCAUCUCCAGCGGGGGAUUUCCCUCACGUCGAGCACUUUAAGGAGAGUUUGAGUGGGUACAACAUAGACAAGUUUGAGAAGCUGAAACCUAAAAUGAUACAGACUGUUGAUGACAUGCUUGGGUACGACAUCCCUGAUCUCUUGAAGAACUUCCGCAAUCCUUAUGAUUAGAAUUGUUGUAGUAAAGAGAAACAACCAUGAUUGGUUCAUCAUUUUUUUAUACAUUGGUCACGUGUGUAUAGACUGUCUACUUGACUCGGCCGAUCAUAGUUGGUCUGUACUCGGAUAUAAUGUUGUAUUUUAAUAAGGCUGCUAAUGAGUCCAUCCCAUACCACCCUCAAGCUUGGCUUGAAUAAGAGCUCGUUUCACUUGCA